AUGGGCCAGGCAGGCUGGAAGGGGCUCUUCCAGUCGCUGUUCGACUACAAGACGGAAAAGUAUGUGGUCGCCAAGAACAAGAAGGUGGGGCUGCUCUACCGACUGCUGCAGCUCUCCAUCCUGCUGUACCUGGUCGUGUGGGUGUUCCUGGUAAAGAAGAGUUAUCAAGACAUUGACACUUCUCUGCAGAGUGCUGUUGUCACCAAAGUCAAGGGUGUGGCCUAUACCAACACCACAGCACUUGGGGAGCGGCUCUGGGAUGUUGCAGACUAUGUAGUUCCAUCUCAGGGAGAAAAUGUCUUCUUCGUGGUCACCAACCUGAUUGUGACUCCUAACCAGCGGCAGGGCACCUGUGCUGAGCGUGAAGGCAUUCCUGAUGGCAUGUGUUCUCAGGACAGUGACUGUCGUGCCGGGGAGUCUGUUAUUGCUGGACAUGGAGUGAAGACUGGCCACUGUUUGCGGGUAGGGAACUUGACCAGGGGCACCUGUGAGAUCUUUGCCUGGUGUCCAUUGGAGACACAGUCCAGGCCAACGGAGCCCCUCCUGAAGGAGGCUGAAAACUUCACAAUUUUCAUAAAGAACUUCAUUCGGUUUCCCAAGUUCAACUUCUCCAAGGCCAAUGUGGGACAAAUGGACAAUAGAGAUUUCCUGAAGUCCUGUCGCUUUAGCUCCAAGAAUCGCUACUGCCCCAUCUUCCGACUGGGAUCUGUGGUCCGCUGGGCAGGGAAUGACUUCCAGGACAUGGCCCUGGAGGGUGGUGUGAUAGGAAUCCAUAUUGAAUGGAACUGUGACCUUGAUAAAGACGCCUCUGAAUGCAACCCGCACUAUUACUUCAACCGUCUGGACAACAAGCAUACGACAUCUGUUUCUUCUGGGUACAACUUCAGGUUUGCCAGAUAUUACCGUGACCCAGAUGGGGUGGAGUUCCGCAACCUGAUGAAGGCUUAUGGCAUCCGCUUUGAUGUGAUAGUUAAUGGCAAGGCAGGAAAAUUCAGCAUCAUCCCCACAGUCAUCAAUGUGGGCUCUGGGUUGGCGCUUAUGGGUGCUGGGGCUUUCUUCUGCGACCUUGUACUCAUCUACAUCAUCAAAAAAAGGGAGUUUUACCGCGACAAGAAGUAUGAGGAAGUUAGGUCCUACAGUUUCCUACCCAGUGGUCGGGAGAACAAGACCCUGAAAGCGGAGGUGGAGGUGGAGGAGAUGAAGCAGAGGACGCAGGAGGACGAUCCGCCGGAGGAGGAGGAGGAAGGUCGACGGGAGGAGCGGACCCAGGCGCCACUUGGGAGCCAAGGCUGGGAGCGCAACGGCUGCGUGUGCCAGCAGCAUCUGGGGCCAGCCAGGUCUGGCCUCCAGAACAUGGAGGUGAAUGUGAAGCAGCUGCCCAUCUCGCGAACAGUGAAGACAUAGCCAGAGCUGUUGGCUGAGAGCAGAUGUGAAGAUGCUGGGGACAGGACUGGCCACAGCUGUGUGUUGGGGACAGGGGCUUCUGGCAACCACCAUCUCUGCUGCACUUUGAGAUCCUGCUGCACACUUUUUCUUGUGUGAAGAGGAGCCUCCUUGUUGUGGCCAGACUGGCUCAGAUGCUGGGAGGACCUGGGGCAGGACCUCAGGGAAGGGGCAGGCCAGAGGCCUGACUAGACCUGCGUUUAUUCAUCCAGACACUACUCAUUUAUUGGUGCAUGCUGCAUAAGGGGCUCUAUUUAAGAGAUGUUUAAAUGAGAUGCUGACCUGGCCCAUAAGGAGGGGCCACACAUGUAAUUCCUGCCAGAGCCUACAGACAUCUCAGCCAGCCCUUCGUCCAGUCUCUGGCUGAGACAAGAAUGAUGGUUGCUCAGGAAACACUUUUGGACAAUAUCCACGGGGACAUCUGACUCUACCCCACCAACUUAAGGUGGUCCAAGAGGCAACUUGGAAAGGACAGGACUUUGGGGAAGAGGAGGCAGGGAGGCUGCUGUUCCAUUCUGACCAUCACCCACAGCCUCGAGACACUCUGAGAACAGUGGCUUGCCUAGAGUUGACAUGCUUGUCUCUGUGGUUUGGCUCCUGGCUGUUUUGAGGGGCCGGUGUCCAGUUUGGUUCUCUGAAGCUUGAUCUGAAGUGCUAAGAUAAAGGAUAACAUUGAACCGAAGUAAAUUUGUUCCACACCCCUGCCCCACCUUCCCCACUUCACUUUGCAGAAUGGUAUUACCUAAACUGGGGUCCAGAGGCCAACUUUGGUCUCUAGGCAGCUUAGAAAUUCAGGUUCUUUGGACCCUCCUUCAUCUUAUCAAACUGGAACUGAUUCUCCCCAAGAUCCAAAGUGAUUUACAAGUACAUUGUUUGCAAAGUCUGGUUCUGAGGGGGAGAAAUGGCCAAUUUAGGUGGCAAGAGCCAGUUUUUAUGCCAGAUUUAUACUUGCUGCCCUGAGGGUUCCUCUUUUACCCCUCCCCUCCCCUAAAGGCAGCAGUAUGCUCCAUUGAUUUGAAUUCAAAUACUUUCACUAGGUGAUACUUACCUGAUGCAAACUUUACUGGUACAAAAUAACAGAAGAACUUCCCUCCCACCCUGGCUCUCCAAAAGGCUCCCUUACUUUGUUAACAUUUGGUUAUCACUGGGUGUAGUGGCAUACACCUUUAAUCUCAGAACUAGGGAGGUGAAGGAGGAGGAUCAAUGUGAGUUGAGGCCAGCCUGGGCUAGAGUGAGACCUCAAAAAACAAC